AUGUCAUAUUAUUGUUUCGAGACUACAACUCAGAUAAAAAUAAAAAAACAUACAACUCUACCAUUACCUGAACUUAUCACUCCUAGUGUUAAUGUUAGAACUGUAAAAAAUCCAAGACCUCAAAAUUCUUUCGUUAUUUAUCGUAGAAAUGUUCAAGCGGAAAUAGCUAAAGACAAAGGGUCAAGUGCUGCGGGUAGAUUAGAUUAUGUUUCUAAACAUGCUUCAAAAAAAUGGAAAUCAGAAAGUCAAGAAGUUAAAGAUCUUUUUGGAUUCCUUGCUUCAUGUGCAAAAAAAGUUCAUGAUUAUAUGUAUCCGGGAUACGUUUAUCAACCAAAAAGACAAGCUACUACGAACGAACCAAUGAUAAUGGUACAUGAACCUGGUGAACUUCUUUUAUGA